ACAGAGAGAGAGAGAGACAGAGAUCAGCUAACACCAGUCUGCAUUUGUAGACAGACAGAGAGAGGGAGAGACAGAGGGAGAGGAGAUCAAGAAGAACCAACAUCAGUUGAUAUCAGUUGAUACAGAGAGAGAGAGAGAGAGAGAGAGAGGGGUAUCAGUCUACAUCAUCUGAAGACAGCGAGUAGCCGGAGUCCGCUGUUCUCUCCCCCAGCUGUGCCUUCUAGUAUUAGGGCUACAACCCGCUUAUAAUCGUUGGGGAGAGGACGAGAGAGAGAGAGAGAGAGCCGUGCGUGUUGCAGGAGGCAUGAUAGCGAGUGGAGCAGGUUGUGAUUGAACCGGUGUCCGCUGUGUGUGUUGUGCUGAGCUGGGAGUGAAGGAGGCGACAGAGGGGCGGAUGGGGGUGCUGAUCUCCAAGCGUCAGUCGGUGGAGAAGGUCCAGAAGGCCAGCGCGGUGGUGUCGGCCUUCAAGGAGGGCCUACGCGACAAGCAGCCGCCCAGAGGCCCGGCCCAACCCCGGGCCCAGCCGGCCCAGCCCCCCUCGCUGGGGGCGCAGGAGGUGAAGGCCACCCCCGGCCCCGGACCCAGCGCCCCAGGCCCCAGCGCCGCCCCCCAGCCCGACAGCGAGGAGGCCAAGAGCACGCAGGCGGCCUGGGAGAGGCUGAGAGACGGCAAGGGGGUGGAGCCCGAGGACAUGGAGUGGAGCCAGAUGGCCACGCCACCCGCCUACAGCAGGCCCAAGAGGCAGCUCGGAGAUGACCAAUCCCUCGACAUCGUUCUGGAGCAGAGGGAGGAGGUGGCCAGUGCGGAGAUGUGCGACGUGUGUGAGGUGUGGACGGCUGACGACCUCUACCCCUGCCGCAUCUGUAACCGCGUCUUCCACGACGGCUGCCUGCGCCGCAUGGCCCAGUUCAGCCCCGCACACCUGCAGGAACUGCGGGAGACGGCUCACACUGCCCUAGGGUGGAGCUGCCACUACUGCGACAAUGUGAACCUGCUACUGACGGAGGAGGAGAUGUUCAGCUUGAAGGAGGUUUUCCGACAAUGUCGGAUUAUCCCAGACUCGUGCCUGACAUCGGAUGACUUCCUUCACUACAAGCACGGUGUCCACCAGCGUCAGUGUGGGGGGCCGCUGCCGGAGGGGCAGGAGGGGGAGGAGCUGGCCCAGUAUCGGGCCCUCACCCCCAGCGGGGGGGGCCUAGAGUGGCCAGACUUCCUCUACCACGAGUCUCUACUGCUGCUCGACCGACUGCGCUCCCGGAACUCGUUGUUGCAUCUGCUCACUGCCAAGGAGCGUGAGCGUGCACGCGCCGUCUUCCUCAGCCCGGAUCGCAGCCCGCAGGGUGUCGUCUCUGCCGCCGACUGCAGGAGGGCCCAGCACACCUGGUUCCUGAAGCCUGCCGAGGAGGCGCAGUCGUGCAGCGUGAGCAUCAGCAACGUGGGGCCCAUGUCUGAGAAGAGUCCGGCGAGCAGGGGCCGCGGCAGAGCCCAGGACAGGACACUGCUCAGCAAGGACCCCGAGGACAGCAGACCCGUCCCCUGGAAAACCUUCCUGAAGGAAAACGUCAUCUACAUCCUGGCCGCUCGGCCCAACAGUGCGGCCACUCACCUGCUGCCCUCCGCCUGACCCCCACCCCUUCACCCCUGACCCCCACCUGCUGCCCUCCG